UAGUGGGUGGGUAUUGGAAAACCUCACCAGCUCUCUCCAAACCCUCACUCUCUGCGCGGUGGUGCCCAUCAGUCUGUACCACGAAACCCUAAAUUUCAAAGUCCAUCCGUCGAUUUGCUGAUAUUUUUUCGGAAGAUCGAUUUCAAAAGUGUGGAGCUCAGCAAUGGUGGUUCCAUCUCUGCACUGUAUGAAUAAUACUGUUGCUAAUGGUGGUGUUGAUCAAGAAUUAACUACGGAUAAUCAGCAUUCGAUGGCUUCUGGUGGUUCUUCUAUGGAUAAUAGGAGGAAAUCUAAAUCAUCAGUUAAAUCCGAAAAGAAGACUCUGAAGGUUGAGUCUGAGGAUACACAUCCAGUUGAGAGGAGGUCCAGUGCCAGGAUUCAAAAGCUGAAAUCGGAAAAGGCCAGCAGCGUGUAUCGCCUAGAAGAGUCACCAAACAGUCGACCGGAGCAAUGUAGUAGGAAGAAAACAAAAGUGUACCAACGGCGCAAGGCGAAUACGCACGAGGGGAGUGAAGAGGUAGUUGGAGAAGCUGUUUCGCCUACUGAAGGUUCGAGUGAGGCCAUGGAUAGCGAUUGUGUGGAGAAUGGUGAAUCUACGAAUCCGGUAUUGAUGGAGGUUGCGGGGAAUGGGAUAGUCAAUGAUGUGAGUACAACCAAUGUUGUAGAGAAGAGCGUCUAUGCCAAGGUGAAGGAAACUUUGAGGACUUUUAACAAAUACUACCUUCACUUUGUACAGAAAGGGGAUGCACCAGAAAAGGAUGGGAAGCAGGGAUCCAGGCGACCUGAUUUAAAAGCGAUAUCUAAGAUGAUGGAGACUAAUGCUAUAUUAUACCCUGAGAAAAGAUUUGGCCCCAUUCCAGGUGUGGAUGUGGGACACCAGUUCUUUUCACGGGCUGAAAUGGUCGCAGUAGGUUUUCAUAGUCAUUGGCUGAACGGGAUUGAUUAUAUGGGGCAAUCCUAUAACAGAAGGGAAUACAGUGGCUAUACAUUCCCACUUGCAGUGGCCAUUGUCUUGUCAGGUCAAUAUGAAGAUGAUUUGGAUAACUCUGAGGAUGUUGUGUACACUGGUCAAGGUGGCAAUAAUUUACUCGGAAAUAAGCGUCAAGUACAAGAUCAAGUGAUGGAACGUGGUAAUUUGGCUUUAAAGAAUUGUAUGGAGCAGUGUGUGCCUGUUAGAGUAAUUCGAGGCCACAAAUCUGCAAAUAGUUAUGUCGGCAAAGUUUACACAUAUGAUGGCUUAUAUAAGGUUGUCCAAUAUUGGGCUGAAAAAGGAGUUUCUGGAUUUACAGUUUUUAAGUACCGCCUAAAGAGGCUUGAAGGGCAGCCAAUUUUGACAACAAACCAGGUUCAGUAUGCCCGAGGACGUAUUCCUAACUCAAUUUCAGAAAUACGCGGGUUGGUUUGUGAAGACAUUUCUGGAGGUCAAGAGGAUAUUCCUAUUCCAGCCACCAAUUUGGUUGAUGAUCCACCUUUUGCCCCCACAGGUUUUACAUAUUGCAAUUCAAUUAAAGUUUCCAAAAGUGUAAAGCUUCCCUCAAAUGCCAUUGGAUGCAAUUGCAAAGGAACUUGUACAGAUCCCAGAACUUGUUCUUGUGCUAUGCUUAAUGGGUCAGACUUUCCAUAUGUGCAUCGUGAUGGUGGCAGAUUAAUUGAAGCCAAGGAUGUUGUGUUUGAAUGUGGUCCAAAAUGUGGCUGUGGACCUGGUUGUCUUAAUCGGACAUCUCAGAGGGGGCUAAAAUAUCGGCUUGAGGUCUUCCGCACUCCAAAGAAAGGGUGGGCUGUAAGAUCUUGGGAUUAUAUUCCUUCAGGAGCACCAAUUUGUGAAUAUAAAGGAAUACUUAUGAGGACAGAUGAAUUAGAUAAUGUUUCUGAUAAUAAUUAUAUUUUUGACAUUGAUUGCUUGCAAACAAUGAGAGGGCUCGAUGGAAGAGAGAGGCGAUUUCGAGAUGUAUCCAUGCCUACAAGUACUGAUGAUCAGAAAUCUGAAAGUGUGCCAGAGUUCUGCAUUGACGCUGGUUCCACUGGAAAUGUUGCAAGGUUCAUUAAUCACAGUUGUGAACCCAAUCUCUUUGUUCAGUGUGUUUUGAGUUCACACCAUGAUGCCAAGCUUGCUCGAGUAAUGCUAUUUGCUGCAGACAACAUACCUCCUUUGCAGGAGCUUACAUACGACUAUGGUUACACCCUUGACAGUGUCAUGGGUCCUGAUGGCAAGAUAAAACAGAUGCUAUGCUUCUGUGGUGCAGCAGAUUGCCGGAAACGCCUACUCUAGGGUAUGAAUUUUCUGAUGUGUUGUCGAUUCUGCUAAAUGAUAUCCCGAUCACUGUAUAUGCCAAGCAAAUACUGGGCCUUUUUUAUUUUUUUCUUCUUUUUUUUGUGAAUUGGAGAGGUGGGAAGUUAUCCAUACAAGUUGGUUGUUGUAUUUUCCCUCAACUUUUUGUACAAUCAUUCACUGUUGCAGUCUUCUGGAUCCUGCUGCUCCCUUUUCUAGGGGGUUCUGAUACUAAUCCUAUAUUUCAAAGAAAUGAGAAAAAUGAUAGCCUUUUUUUUUUUUUCUUAAA